AUGAGUGAAAUUAGAGCCUCAACCUCAAAAACAAGCACCAACAAAGGUGCUAGUACUAUGACAGGGAAGACAUUUUCUGGAGUAGGAAACCUCGUUAAGCUUCUUCCGACCGGCACUGUCUUCUUGUUCCAGUUUCUCAGUCCAGUUUUAACCAACACUGGACACUGCACCACCAUCAACAAAUACCUGAGCGGUAUUCUCCUUGUUAUUUGUGGUUUCAACUGUGCUUUUACUUCCUUCACCGACAGUUACACCGGAAGCGAUGGCCAGACACACUACGGUGUUGUUACCGCAAAAGGUCUCUGGCCAUCUCCGGCGUCGGAAGGUGUUGAUUUGUCGGCGUAUAAGCUUAGGUUUGGAGAUUUCGUGCAUGCUUUGCUUUCAUUGAUUGUGUUUGCUGUGUUGGGGCUACUGGAUACUAAUAUUGUGCGGUGCUUCUACCCGGAGUUUGAGUUGGGUCAGAAGAUGCUGAUGCAGGUUUUUCCACCGAUUAUUGGUGUGGUUUCUGGUACGGUGUUCAUGAUAUUUCCAAGUUAUCGACAUGGAAUUGGAUACCCUACUAGUUCUGAUACUAAUGGCAACUCUCAAAAGUCUACAUAG